GCUACAACAGAUGGCGUGUGAUGCCUUUUGACCCGCUCCAAACACAGAGAAUGCUUUAACAACAGGAUAAUAAACCACGUCGAGCAGGAACACAAUGUCAUCUAAGGGACAGGAGUCACCGGAAUCCUCGUACACCUAUGAUUUCUGUGACCUAACCCAUCCCACGGAGGUUCUAGAAGCCCUCAGAGAKUACUACACAGAAGGCUUGUUCACUGACAUAGCUCUACAGUGCUCUACAGGGGAGCUCUUCCACUGCCAUAAAGUGGCUCUAUGCUCCCGUAGUUCCUACUUCAGAGCCAUGUUCACAGCAGAUAUGAGAGAGCGGUCCCACAGUGUCAUCAGACUACCUGGGGUAGAUGUGGAGGUGCUGACGACUCUGAUGGACUAUGUAUACACCUCCAAGGCCUCUAUUACCCAGUGGAAUGUAGAGUCUCUGCUGGAGGCUGCAGACCUGCUGCAGUUCGGAGCCGUGAAAACGGCCUGUGAGAACUUCCUGGUUCGUCUCCUCGACGUCGACAACUGUCUGGGCAUGCUCAGUUUCGCCCAGCUCCAUGUGUGUCUGUCCCUGGAGAAGGAGGCACGCAGGGUCCUGCUCUGCCGCUUCCACGAGGUGGUGAGAGAGGAGGAGUUCCAGGAGCUGGGGGUGGAGAAGGUGAGGAGCCUCCUGCAGGAGGAGAACCUGGCGGAGGUGUUGAAAGAGGCGGUGCUGGUGGAGGGGGUGGUGAGGUGGCUGGCCCACGAUACUCUUGCCCGCAGGGGACACUUCCAGGAGCUUCUUCACUCCGCCCACUUAGACCUGAAGGAAGAGUACCUCAGGACUGCCUUGGAGCUUCAUAGAGAGUGUCUGGAGACUGGYGCUGAAGACAUCCACUCUCUAUUUGUCCAAGCUCUGAAGACUGCUUUUCAUAUCAAUAAAAGCCCUCSGGAACACUGCAGAAGGAGCAGGAGACUGACCUCCAGGAUGUUUGUGAUAGGAGGGUACCACUGGCACCCUCUGUCUGAGGUCCAGACCUGGGACCCGCUCACGGACCAGUGGCAGCRGGGGGAGGAUAUGCCAGACCACACCAGGGAGAGUUAUGGAGUUUCCCUCCUGGGCUCCAACAUCUACAUUAGCGGCGGCUACAGGACAGACACUACAGAGGCUCUAGAUACAGUGUGGGUUUACAGCAGUGAUGCUGAUAAGUGGACACAGGGGCAGCCCAUGCUGACAGCGAGGUACUACCACUGUUCUGUGGCUCUGCAUGGGUGUGUCUACGUCAUAGGAGGGUACAGAGGAGGGGCGCCCAUGGGGGAAACGGGUGUGAACAGCAAUUACUUUACAGGACACUAUGGAAAUGAUGACUCGUUCAAUUAA